AUGUCUGCCUUCAAAUACACCGUCUUAGCUUCAGCUGUAUUCCAGGCCGUCAGUGCUCAUGGCACGGUAAAUGGUGUUAUGGCAGAUGGAGUCUUCUAUGAAGGUUACAGUCCGCAGAUGCAAUACCAGAAGCCCUCACCACAAGUUGUAGGAUGGUCCAUUCCCCAGGACCUGUCCAACGGCUUCGUCGCCGUCGACAAGUACGCAGCUCCAGACAUUAUUUGCCACGUCGGUGCGGAACCGGCGCCCAUCGCCGCCAAGGUGACGGCAGGCUCCAACCUGACCGUUUUCUGGACUGAUUGGCCCGAAUCGCAUCAUGGGCCGAUGAUGGACUACCUCGCUUCUUGCAAUGGCGAUUGCGCCAAGGUUAACAAAGCGGACCUAGAGUUCUUUAAGAUCGACGCUGUCGGGCUCUUGGACGGCUCCAAGGCGCCGGGGAAGUGGGGCUCCGAUGAAAUGCUCGCGAACAACAAGUCCUGGACCAUGACGAUCCCGGCCAACAUCGCCCCGGGCCAGUACGUCCUCCGCCAUGAGACCAUCGCGCUUCACGAAGCGGGCCGCGAGGGUGGCGCGCAAAACUAUCCGCAAUGCGUCAACCUCGACGUCCAAGGCGGCGGGUCCGAGAAGCCCCCCGGCAUCAAGGCGACAGAGCUGUACAAGUCCAACGACGCGGGCAUCAUGUUCAACAUCUACAAGGAUAACCUCGAGUACACCAUACCUGGUCCGCCGCUGAUGGGUGUGCAACAACAGGAUCCUGCCCGCCGGCGGAAGAGGGUGACUGUCAUUUACUGA